AUGCAGAAUCCGGGCGUGCGGCCCUCGCUCAGCACUUCACAGCCAACAACUUCCACGGGCUCGUCGGACUUGGACAAGAUACUACUGCACCAGGGACUCCCGCUCGGAAACUCGCUACUCAUUGAAGAGUCGGGAACUACAGAUUUCGCUUCGGUGCUACUACGGGCUUUUGCCGCACAGGGCAUAAUGCAUAACCGAAUCACUGCCAAUGCCAAUGCCAAGGAGCUCCAUUCGCAUGUGAUUGUACUAGGCAUGGCACCGCAAUGGGCUAAUGAUUUGCCCGGAUUAUACAAGGGUUCAUCAAAGGAGCAGAAAAAGGCCAAGAUUGCGGAAAACGAGUCGAAAGUCAGCGUUUCCAAUAUUGCCCAUGGCUCGAAUUUGCCUCGAGGCGACCAAAAGAUGAAGAUUGCGUGGCGGUAUGGGUUGAACGCCAAAGACAUGGAGAAAGAAAAUGACGCGGGUGAAAUGAAUGCAGCGUACGAGCAUUACAGCCAUCAAUUUGAUUUGACCCUGAAGUUGCAGCCUGGUCCCAAUCCUCAGGAAAUCUCAUUUGUGCCAAUAUCGGACACCGUAAGCGCAAUCAUCAAGCAAUUAAAGAACAUAGUCCAGGCUCAAUUGCGAAGCAAUCCUUUGAAAACUGUGCGUCUCGUUAUACCUGGCUUUUUGAAUCCUUCAAUCUACCCACCACAGCUUACGGCUCCUACAUUUGCAUUUCCCUUGAUCCACUCACUUCGGUCGCUAUUGCGCCAAUUUGAAAACAAUCUCGUUAUGGUCUCGUCACUUGCAUUGGACUUGUACCCAAGGCAAAGCAACCUUACUGGAGUAUUGGAGUCUUUGUUUGAUUCGCUGAUCCACCUCCAGCCGUUUAAUCAAGAAAUGAGCCAAUGGAUCGAAAGGGCUUACAAGAAUGAACCUGCCAAGAUUCAACAGGGGUUGGUUGACAUUAUCAAAAUCCCCGUCUUGUCCGAACGUGGAUUGAUGAUGGUUCACACUGGCGAGUUUGCGUUCAAAAAUGGUAGAAAGAGAUUUGAAAUUGAAGAAUGGGGGAUUCCCGUGGAAGUUGAUUCCAAAGAGGAAGCUCAUGAUAAUGGCGAAAAGAGUCAAACGACCAAGAAUAUUGAUUUCUAG